AUGUUUUUCCAAGCUCUACUGUUAUUCCUCCUCGAGCAGCUCCUGUCCGCAGCAUCGUCAAGCGAGAUAGCACACGGUUUGACGGCUGCAUUUUCAAGUGCCUGUAUGAGUCUAGCUACUUCUUUAAAACUGCCAAAUGUGAUAGUCAAUUUCGCGCAUUUCGUGCCGGCUGGGACUGUUCUCCAAUUUCAGCAAGAUGAAAACUUGGUCACCUGCAAUCGCCCGAACCAGACUAUCGCGUCUGAUAUCUGCCGAGUGGCCAUGUAUGUGUCGACAUCAAGUCGGUCAGGAAUUACUUUAGAAGCAUGGCUGCCUUCUACUUGGACAGGUCGGUUUUUAAGCACCGGAAACGGUGGCCAAUCCGGCUGCAUCCAAUAUGAGGAUUUAGGAUAUACCUCCAGUUUAGGAUUUGCAGCUGUUGUCUCAAGGCUUCAAACCGGCGUCACAGUUGGAAAAGCGCUGACUCAGAUCUUCUAUAAACGCGCACACACGAAAAGCUAUUACCUAGGCUGCUCAACUGGUAGUAGACAAGGCUUAGAAUCGGCACAGGUAUUUCCCGAGACCUUCGACGGCAUUUUAGCCGGCGCACCGGCAAUUGACCGCAAUCGUUUAGUUGCGUGGAACGGUCACUUCUUCGGCAUUAUCGGCACUGCGAACUUGUCGGAUUUCAUCUCGGCUGCGCUCUGGAAUACUAUCCAUAUCGAGGUCUUGCGGCAAUGCGAUGGACUUGAUGGCGUUGUCGACGGCAUCAUAGAAGAUCCGAGCCUAUGCAAUCCGAGACCAGAGGCACUACUGUGUAAACCCCGGAACUCUAUUAAUUGCUUGACUCCAAAUCAAGCGCAGAUUGUCCGGAAUGUAUUUUCGGAUUAUAUUGCAGAGGAUCGAUCAUUAAUAUUCCCGCGCUUGCAACCGGGUGCAGAGUUGACGUCUGUGUCUGAUCAAUUCUCAGGAAUGCCUUCAAAAUAUAUAGGGGAUUGGUUUAAAUACGUAGUCUUCAACAUCAAAGACGCCACCUACUCCAUCGCCCUCAACCCCGCCAACGUCGAGUCCUUCAAAGGCAAUCUCUCCGCCUUCCGCGCCCACGGCGGCAAAGCCCUCAUCUACCACGGCCAACAAGACUCGACCGUGACCUCGCCCAACACAGCGCGCUACUACGACCACGUCUCACGCACGAUGGACCUCGACUCGUCAUCGCUCGACGAUUUCUUCCGCUACUUCCGCAUCGGCGGCAUGAGCCAUUGCUCUGGGGGACCGGGGGCCUGGCGUAUUGGUCAGACGGCGUUGGGUGCGUUGGGGGGGGAGGGGGGAGCUGGGUCAAAUGUCUUGGCUGCGCUGGUGGAGUGGGUUGAGAAGGGGGUGGCGCCGGAGACGGUUAGGGGGGUGGGGUUUGUGAAUGGUACGGUGGCGCUGGGAGUGGAUUUCGUGAGAGAGCAUUGUAGAUAUCCGUUGAGGAAUGUUUGUGUGGACCCGAAGAGGUAUAAACAUCCGAAGAGUUGGAAAUGUGUUUAA